CACUCACUCGCUCUCAACCUCACCUUUGACGACGCCGCCGUCUCUGCCCUCCUCAUCCCCGCCCGUGCUUCUGCUGCUUGUUGCGCGUGUAAAAGAACCCCGCACGUCCUCGGUCACGGUCAAGCCCGCUGGCUGUUGACUGCCCCCUCGGCUACGGUCCCAGCCGGUCCCUCGCGUCGCCGGCCCGGCCGACUAGUCAUGGCAUCGCUCGUCAUGCGACGUCGCCUCACUGCUGCAACUGCUGCAUCCCUCUUAAGCACCAGCCGCACUUCCCCACAACACACCUUUCUCAUCCCCACAUCACUCCGUCUCGCACGACAAAACAGCACUACUACCACCACACGCACAAUGUCCGGACCAGGCCAAGGAUUCGAGUACGACCCCCAGGAGGUCAGCUGGCUCCAGCGCGAUGCGCUCCUCUUCGCCAACUCGAUCGGCGCGACGGCCGACGAGCUCCACCUCCUCUAUGAGCUCAACCCCAAGUUCGCCGUGUUCCCCACCUACCCCAUCAUCCUUCCUUUCAAGGGCACCACCCAGGAGGUGAUCGACUUCUACGGCUCCAAGUUUACGCAGGCGAUUCCCGGCGUGCCCAAGUUUGACCCGCGCCGCGUGGUCGACGGCCAGCGCUCGAUCCAGGUGUUCAAGCCGCUCCCCACUUCGUCGGCCGGCAAGAAGUUCUACAUCAAGAACAAGGUCGUCGGCGUGUGGGACAAGGGCAAGGCGUCGGUCGUCGACACGCAGCAGGACCUCGUCGACGACAAGGGCACGCUGUACGCGACUGUGCUCUCGUCGUCGUUCUACGUCGGCCAGGGCGGCUGGGGCGGCCCCAAGGGCCCCGCGGGCGUCAACUACCCCAUCCCGUCGCGCGCGCCCGACGCGACCAUCUCCAACCAGACGACCCGCGAGACGGCCCUCCUGUACCGCCUCAACGGCGACUACAACCCCCUCCACGCGACGCCCGAGCCCGGACAGAAGAUGGGCUUUGGCGGCGAGAUCAUCCACGGCCUCUACUCGUGGAACUCGACCGCCCACGACCUCCUCCGCGCCGUCGGCGGCUCGGACCCCGCCAACCUCAAGGAGUACUCGGCGCGCUUUGCCAGCCCCGUCAAGCCCGGAGACAAGCUCACCACCGAGCUGUGGAAGACGGGCAACGUCGACAAGGACGGCUUUGAGGAGAUCCUCUUUGUUACCAAGGGUGCUGGCGGCAAGCCCGUGCUCUCCAACGGCCGUGCUCUUAUCCGCACUGCCGCGCAGUCCAAGCUGUAAGCUGUUGUAUGGGAGAGAAGAUGUUUGUAGGUCGAGGACCAUGCAGGUAUGAAGUGACGGG